AUGCCAUCAUUACCAUCACUAAUUGACAAACAAAAACAGCAGAAGAAAAAUGUUGUAAUAUUACCAUCUACACAAUUAUCAUUAUGUCAAUCAUUCGUGAAUCUACCUUUAACAGAAGCAAAAAAAGCAAUCAUAGCUGAUGCAAGCAAUGUUUUAUUGUCAAAAACAGACGAAUUAUCUUCAUCAACAAUUUUGAAUGAUGAACACGAUCAAUCUCCAUCAACUAAAUCAACAACUAAUCGUCGAUCGACAAGAAGACGAAUGAGUGUUAUACCUAGUCGAAGUACAUCUUUAACACAAACAAUUUUUAGUUCAAAUACAUGCGAUGAUAUUUAUCCAGCAGAAAAAGAAAAUCAACAGUCACCAAUAGGAACAAAUCAACAUCGUAAAUCCAUCUCAAAAUUGAGUUUAACAACACCACAACAAAAUAGUACAACAAUUAUUGAUGAUAACGUUGGUAAACUAUUAUUUACAACACCGAAUGAAACAACAACUGAUCAUAAACAAUAUUGGACAGUAAUAGAUCGUCAGUCAGAAUGGUAUAAAUUAACACUACAGCAACCAUCAACAAUGAUAACAUCUACACUAAGUAAUUAUCGAACAAUCAAUAACAGUGCAUACGAGAGAAAAAAAUCGACUCAGAACAUGCCAGGAAAUGAUAGAAAUGAAGUUAAUCAACCAGCUGAUACAACUCAAUUAAUCACUAAAACAUUGAUGCACGAUCUCGAUUAUGAUCUUGAUGAUAAUGAUAUCAAAAUGUUAAAUGAUAUAAAUCAUUAUAUAAAACAAAAUCAGUUUCGUGAAUUAACUGAAGAAGAAUUUGAAAAUGCAAUUAUUGUAUUAGAAUUUUAUACAGCUGAAAAGAUUCGUCAAGCAUUGAAACAACGAUCAUGUGAAGGAGAUGAUAUUGUUUGUGAUAUUUGUUUAUUACCCGAUGCUGAUGAACACAAUGAAAUGGUAUUUUGUGAAAGAUGUAAUUCAUGUGUACAUCAGGCAUGUUAUGGUAUCAAUUUUAUUCCAAGUGGUACAUGGCUUUGUCGAGCAUGUUCAAUAUUAAGAAGACCGGCAUGUCUUCUAUGUCCUCGAACAGUUGGGCCAAUGAAAUCGAAUCCUAGUGGUACUAUUUGGUGCCAUAUGACGUGUGCCCUGUGGAUGCCGGAACUAAAAUUUGCAGAGUAUAUCAAAAUGGAACCAGUUCUCAAUAUUGAUAAGAUUCCUCAUGCACGAUGGUCAUUGAGAUGUUGUGUUUGUAAUACGACCGAUGGUGCAUGUAUUCAAUGUGCAUAUGGAAAAUGCCGAGUACCAUUUCAUGUUACAUGCGCUGUAGCAGCUGGUUUCUAUCUUGAUUUUCGUCUAUCAUCUGGUGAUGAUGGAGGUUCUCAAUUUGAUGCCUAUUGUUCAAAACAUUCUGAUGUUGUUCGUGAAGAGACAUGUGAUAUAUCAUUAAUGUCAUCUAAAAUUCCCUAUACAGUUUAUCAACGAGAUUUGUUAAAGCCAACAUGGACAAAUGAAAUAUUAUCAACAUUCGAUAAUUAUAUCGAUCGUGAACAUUUACAUCGAGAAUUAGAAUAUGAUGUAACUAUAUCGACAAUGAUUUAUGAUUAUUGGUUUAAUAAACGAAAAUAUAUGAAUAAUAAUUUACCAUUGGUUAAACGUAUUAAUUAUGUACUUGAUCAACGAGAAAAUUCAGAACUGUUGCUAGGACAAAUAUCAAAUUCUUUAAAAAUAUUAAUGAAAAUGAAAGAUUUUGAAAAACGUAGUGAAAUUGUACAACAUAAAAACGAUUUCAUUUCAUCGUCAUUAUCAGAACGAUUAAAUCGUAUAAAAGAAAAACUAAAUAUUCAUUCUUCUAUUAUUCCUCGUUCUUCAAGAACUCAGUCCUCCUCUAGUUCAUCAUCAUCAAUAUCUCACAGUUAUACACAGUGUAUUUCACUCGUACACCAACAACAAUUAAAAAUAUCAGCAAAACGUCAACUAUCUUUAACAUCUUCAUCAAUGAAAAAAGAUGAACAAUUACAAGAUCAACCUGAUAAAUAUGAUAUAACGAGUAAAAACCAAAAAAAACAUCGUCCAACAAUCUAUUAUUCAUCCAAACAAAAACAAUUGUAUGCAAAUAUGAAAUCAUGUUAUGUUGGAUUAGAAAAUACAUUUACUGAUAUUGAACCACAUAUUACAUAUCUAGUUGCACGAACGAUGGAGAACAAAGAUCAGACAAUAUUGUUACCAAAAAAUUUAUUUGCCACAAAUAUAAUCAAUAUCACGGAAGACGACAUGAUGAUGGCAAUAGAACAACCACAAUUACAAAAAGAAAUAACUCCACCACUACAACUAUCACCAUCUCCACCUCUAGUUUAUUCUGAUGUUUCUAAUGAUUCUACCGAUGAUGAUGUUAAAGCAACAACAAAACUUUCUUUUUCUUUAAAUGAGACGACUCUUCCACGAGGUCAACAAUAUGUGAAUAAGGGAAACAUAGAGAGUCGCUAUUCAAUGUUGACUGCAUUUCGGAUAGCCCUAAUUAUUUCUACAAUCUGUACUUGUAAAAGUAUAGAGAAACAAGAAUUGAAUUUAUUUGAUCCGGUGUUAAAUGCAAAUAUUUAUGUUGGACAAAUUAAUGAAAAUGGUAAUAGUGUUACGUUAAAACCAAAAUUACUAGCAAAAGAUGAUGAUAGACGAAAUUCGAUUAAUAAUCAAAUCUGUGGCUAUGAAUUAUCUGUUCAUAAUCAUAAUGAUUUAGAUAUUGAACAAAAAAACAUUCCAUUUCAAGUUGAUUUAAUUAAUUCAUCGACAAAUCAAUCUGCUGAAGGACGUAUUACAGUUAAAAAUUCAUUUAAAAUCGAUUUUGUGAUCAAUGUUGAUGAUGUUAACGAAUAUUCACCGACGUUUACACGCGAUAGUUAUCUGUUCAAAUUAAAUGAAAAUGGAAUAUGUGUCAGCGAUUUGUGCAAGGUAGAAGCAACUGACGACGAUUGUUCAAGUCAGUCUAAAGUGUGCGGUUAUGAAAUAGUUACACAAAAUGUUCCAUUUUCAAUUGAUCAACAAGGAUAUAUAAAUGUAACAAAAGAAUUGGCAUUCUAUAAUUAUCAAUUUGAAGUUAUUGCCAUUGAUUGCUUAGAUAAAACUAAACACAGUGAGCCACCUGUGAAAGUUUAUGUUAAAAUAGUUAAAUCAUGUAUUCCAACAUUAAGCGAUGAAUCAAGCAAUUUACAUACUGUUACAUUUGAUCAUGAUCAUAUAUUAGAAACUGUACAUAUUGAUGUGUGUCCCGAUACAUGUUUAGCAAUUGAAGAUUUAAUUGGUCGCCUUGAAUUCGACUUGAAUGGAUCGGAGUCGGGAUGUAAAAUGGAUCAAUGUGUACCAUUAACAAAAGAAAUUGAACUUAUUAAAAAAGAUGUUGAUUAUUCAAAUGCUCCUAUAGAUUAUUUUAUAACAUUUGAUAAUCCUAGUCAAGCAAUAUCGAUUGAUAAAAGUAAAUUUAAUGGAGAAUUUAAUCAAGAUUUUACAAUUCGAAUGUGGAUGAAACAUGGUCAAAGUCAACUAUUAGAUGGUAGUAGGGAUAAAGAACAUAUAUUUUGUAAAAGUGAUAACAAAAAAAAAAAUCGUCAUCAUGUAGCAUUAUUAAUUCAAAGUAAUUCAUUAAAAUUAUUAAUUCGUAAAGUAUCAUCGACAAAUGAAACGAAUUAUUAUCCAUCUGAAUGGAUUUGGACAUUAUCUCAAAUAAAUGAUGAUCAAUGGCAUUUUUAUGAAUUAUAUGUACAUUAUCCAACAUCGAUUGAUUUAUAUAUUGAUAAACAAUUGUUUAUUGUUAAUGAAGAAAAUUUUCAAAUUAUCAAUGAUCAUCCACUAGAAAAUAUAAAUGGAACAGAUCAAACAGCAUUUACUCUUGGUGCAUGUUGGCAUCCUCGAGCUUCACACAUGCUACAAAAUUUUAAUGGAAAAUUAUCCGGUCUUAUUAUUGAGCAAAAAGAGCAAGAAGAAAGAGCAAAUGGAUGUAUUCGAGAAUGUGAACAAUUUAUUGAAAUAGCCGAUAUUAUUCCAAAAACAGAGACUGUUGAAUUUAUUAGUAAUGAAAAUCAAUCUGUUUGGAUAUUGCGUACAGAUUCAACAGAAUCAUUUGAAAAUUUAUUAAAACAUGUUGUCUAUCGUAAUCGUCCUAUACCAAUGAUACCUGGUGAACGAAAAUUAACAUUGAAAACAAGUUUAAAAUGUCUUGGUGAUAAUCAUACAACAGAUUUGAAACCAUUUGUUAAACGUUUAAUAAUUGAAUCAAAACCAGUAAGAAUUGAAUUAAAAGGAAAUACAAAUUAUUUAAUUGAUGAACAGACAAUUAAUAGUGGAAUAUAUUUAUUUCAAAAUUUGUCAAUAUUUACAGAUUCUAUUAUCACACCUAUACAUGCUGAUAUUAAAGAGUGUAGCAUAAGUACACAGCCAAAUCUCUUGUAUGAUUUUGAACAAUUAAUUAUACCAACUGAAUAUAUACUAUCGCAAAAUGUACAACAUCUAUUAACACAAACUGGCUUAAUUUUAACGGGUCCGAGUUCAAUUGAUACAUAUCAAUAUAUAUUACAACAAAUUGAAUAUAUAUCAAAAUCGCCAAUAAAAUACAAUGAACGUCUAUUUUCAUUAGUGUGUAUUGGCGUAAGUGAACAAAUGUUAACAAACGAAGUUCAAGUUCAAGUACAUGUUGAAUUAAAUGCACCACAGCCACGUGAAUUUUCUCAAUCACAUGCAGUUUUAUCAAACAAAUUAAUCGUCGAUAAUAAUGAAAUGAAAAAGAAUGCACAACCAAUUGAAAUUCCAUCAAUCGGUAGUAAAAUCAUGUUGGAGUCGAAGAAAAUUACAGGCUGGCCGAUUGCAACCAUCGUUUUAGCUUGCCUUGGUUUUGUCAGUAUUCUUAUUGGUUUUCUUGUUCUACGCGUACGAUCAAACAAUAAACAGCGCACCUCCGGUGAUGAUCAUUCGCAAAUGGAAUGGGAUGAUACAGAACUAAAUAUAACUGUUAACCCGUUGGAUGAAACAAAGAAAGCUGUACCACCCGUGUUGACGGAUAUUGAACAUCAUAUUGAUCGUCUUGAUUCAUCGUCAUCAAGCACGGAUAAUGAAUCAAAUGGCUAUGAAUCGGAUGAAGCACCUGAGAAAAGAAUUGAACGUGAAUUAGAAUGGGAUGAUUCAGCUGUCGAAUAUGGUCCAAAAAAAGUUUAA